AUGGUUGAUCCAAAAGAAUUACAAGCGACGUCGACUACAUCUUCUUCGGUGGUAUCAGAAAAGGAAAACAUUAGCUUGAAAAAUAAGGAUGAUAAAGUGAAAGUUGUCAAUGAAUCAUCUCAAGUUUCGGUUGAGUCAAAACAUUCUGGGGAAUAUAAGAUAAUUACUUCCAAAGAUGCUGACGCUACAUUUACAUUUAUGGAGGAGAAUGAUGCAUCUGUACCAGAAAUUACACCAGAACAGGAGAAAAGGCUAAGAAGAAAAGUGGCUUGGAUUAUAGUGUCCUUAACAGCAACCAUUGAUUUUCUUCUUUACUCAGAUAAGGCUACUCUAUCAUACGCAUCUAUUUUUGAAUUAUGGGACGAUACACAUUUAACUCAAAACAGAUACAACAAUGCCAACACAUUAUUUUAUGUCGGCUACAUUAUUGGAUUAGUAAAUUUAAUCUGGGUUCAAAAAUUCUCUAUCCGUAAAGUUAUGGCGUUUAUGUGUACUACGUGGACUAUUAUCAUAUUUCUACAUUGUGUGGCUUAUAACUAUCAAGGUAUCUAUGCCUUAAGAUUUUUCCUGGGUUUUGUGGAGGCAAUCGCAGUACCAACGUUAAAUAUAUCAAUGAAUCAAUUCUUAACGCCAGAUGAGAAGAAUGCCUAUGCUCCAAUCUUUUACAGUAGUUGUAUCGGAUGUGGUGUUUUCGUAUCCUUAAUUGCCUAUGGUAUCCUUCAUGCUCAUUCCCAUGUUCAUACUUGGAAAUUAUUCAUGAUUAUUAUCGGUGGUAUGACAUUCCUCAUGACAGCUGUAGUCUACUACAUUUAUCCAAGUAACCCAACUGAUGCCAAAUUUUUAAAUAAAGAGGAAAAGGUCUGGGUCAUCAGAAGAGUUCAAAAGAGUUCCAAUUCAUCUAUUGAACAAAAGGUGAUUAAGAAAUAUCAAAUCAUUGAAGCGCUUAAAGAUCCUGUUUCUUGGCUCUUUUCCGCAUUCUUCCUUCUUCAACAACUAGCCAACAAUUUAACAUACAUGCAAAAUUUAUUAUUUGAGAAUAUUGGUCACAUCACAAAUUUGGAUACAACUAUUGUGUCCAUUGCAUCAGGUGGGUUUGCCUCCGUCUGUGCCAUAAUUGCCACGAUAUUUCUAUUAUACAAGAAAAAUUUUACUGCUUUUUCGGUUGUUUUUUGGACAUUACCAUCUUUAGCUGCCUGUAUUGCUAUGGUCUCUAUUAGAUGGGGUGAUAAUAUUCCCCUAUUGACUAUGCUUUGUUUGGCCUCUCCAUUAUUUGGUAUUCCAUGGGUUUUAAUGUUCAGUUGGAGUGUUACGAGUUGUUCCGGCUACACCAAGAGAGUCACUAGAAAUGCAAUGGUCAUGUUUUGGUAUUGUAUUGCUAAUAUUAUUUCACCACAAUUGUGGCAGGAACAUGAUGCACCAAGAUUUGUUCCAGCAUGGAUUACCCAAAUCGUAUUAUCGUUCUUUUUGGCACCAUCAUUGGCUCUAGUUAUCUAUUUCAUUCUAAGACGUAGAAAUGUCAAGAGAUUACAAAACAUACAAAACUCUAAAGACGAAGAAGGUUUCAUUGACUACGAUGGUGAGAACAUUGUUGCUAGUGGUGCCCAGUUGGAUUUGACAGAUUUAGAGAAUGAAAAAUUUAUUUAUCCGUUAUGA